AUGAGAGUCACGGGGCACCUCAGCCAGUUACUGCACGAGGGGGGGGAGGUGGGUCAGCCCAUGUCCACUAUGCGCACCAUCAUAGGGUCGCUGUGCUUUGUGGCACGCGACUUUGAGGUGGCCAUGAGGGGCGAGGAGAGGGGGGCGCGGGGCACGUGUGAGGUGCUAGAGGAGGGCGCCUUCACUCUCGCCAGGGAGCGCUUCCUCGCCCCUGAAGUGCUCUUUCAACCUCAACUCUGCCGCAUUGGCUGCGGGGGUAUACAGCUGACAGUGGCGCAAUGCAUAUUGGAGUGUGUAAAAUGGGUGAAGGCGUUUUUGAAGGCCAGGCACAGCUACGCGAGAGGCGCAGCGGCUGCAGAGGUGGGGGAGAUGGCGGAGGAGUGGGGAGGAGCACCUGGGGAGGGGCGUGGGGGUGAGGGUGCCACGAGGGAAAAGGGAAGUGGGGAAGGGGCAGCAGGGGCGGGUGGGGGGGUGUGGGGGCGAGUGCCUGCGCCGCUGGCAAGUGAGGAUGUGGCGGAGGCGAUCGGCACCGUGGUGGUGGCGGGGGGCACGUCUGCGCUGCCAGGGAUAGCAGAGCGGCUGCAUCUGGAGCUGCAGCAGCUGCUCCCACCGCCCUUCACCGGCCGACUCUCUGUGAAGGCAGUGGGGCCGUAUGGCGCAUGA